CGCGCGGCGCCGCGGUCUCGGUGUCCCUGGAGGCCGGCGCUUGGUCGGCCUGGGCGCCCGUCGAGCGUUUUAGAAUAAAAGAAUCUGAAAAAGCUGGAGAAGAUAAAGUGUAUUCCGUCUCCAAGCCAGAAGAUCAUCAAAGUAGGAAAUGCACAAUUUUGAGGAUGAGUUAACGUGUCCUAUUUGCUACAGUAUUUUUGAAGAUCCUCGUGUACUCCCAUGCUCUCAUACAUUUUGUAGAAACUGCUUAGAAAACGUUCUUCAGGCAUCUGGUAACUUUUAUAUAUGGAGACCUUUACGAAUUCCACUCAAAUGCCCUAAUUGCAGAAGUAUUAUUGAAAUUGCUCCAACUGGCAUUGAAUCUUUACCUGUUAAUUUUGCAUUAAGAGCUAUUAUUGAAAAGUACCAGCAGGAAGACCAUCCAGACAUCAUCACCUGCCCUGAACAUUACAGGCAACCAUUAAAUGUUUACUGUCUACUAGAUAAAAAAUUGGUAUGUGGUCAUUGCCUUACGAUAGGUCAGCACCAUGGGCAUCCUAUAGAUGAUCUUCAGAGUGCCUAUCUGAAGGAAAAGGACACUCCUCAAAAACUGCUCCAACAGUUAACUGACACACACUGGACACAUCUUACUUGUCUUAUUGAAAAGCUGGAAGAACAAAAAUCUCAUUCGGAGAAAGUGGUCCAAGGUGAUAAGGAAGUUAUUCUCCAGUAUUUUAAGGAGCUUAGUGAUACAUUAGAACAGAAAAAAAAAAAAUUUCUCAGUGCUCUCUGCAAUGUUGGCAAUCUGAUUAAUCAAGAAUAUACUCCACAAAUUGAAAGAAUGAAAAACAUCAGAGAGCAGCAGCUUGAAUUAAUGACAUUGACAACAUCUUUACAAGAAGAGUCGCCACUUAAAUUUCUUGAAAAAGUUGAUGAUGUCCGCCAACGUGUGCAGACCUUGAAACGAAGACCACUUCCUGAGCUCCAGCCUGUUGAAAUUUAUCCUCGAGUCAGCCAAGUAUUGAAAGAAGAUUGGAGCAGAACGGAAAUUGGACAAAUCAAGAAACUUCUCAUUCCUGAAAUGAAAAUUUCUUCAAAAAGGAUGUCAUGUUCCUGGUCUGAUAAGGAUGAAAGAGAAGUUGAAUUUUUUAAGAUUCUAAACAUUGUUAUAGUUACACUGAUUUCACUGAUAUUGAUGUUGAUCCUCUUUUUUAACCAACACAUAAUAACGUUUUUAAAUGAAAUCACUUCAAUAUGUUUUUCUGAAGUCUCUCUGUCUGUUUACCAAAGUUUAUCUAACAAUCUUCAUGAUUUAAAGAAUAUACUAUGUCACUCUUUAUAUUUACUGAAGGAAUUCAUGUGGAAAAUAGCUUCUCAUUGAAAAUUCAAGUCUGAAUUGUUUAAAUAGGCUUAUUCUGUACAGCAGAGACUGAUAACCAUGGCUAAUGGAGAACUAGGGGUAGCGUGGAUAAAUAAAAUAGCAAACUAAACUUACUAGAGUUGCAACACACAAAUAUGUUAAGCCUUUCGUGCUGCUGUUGGAUAGAAAUAAUGUGUCAAAGUUAGAAAUGAGGCAGAAUGUCUCUAGUUUUCAGACAUCUGAAAACUAGAAUAAAAUGUAGUAAUUCCUUGCAUAUUAAUGCAUGAUCUCAUUGGCUUGAGGUUUACUUACUAUGGUGGUGACAUUUAAGCAUUCUUGUACCAAUACCGUCUUUGAACAUUAUCCUAUACUGUGGUGGCUGACUUUGCAGUUCUUUAUAUAUUAUGUAGCUUUUGGAUUCAAAGAUGGCAAAAUUCUGGAAGUGCAUACACCUUUAUUUUGAUGUGGCUUGAAGCUUUUGAAUGGGUGAGAUGGUGAGAAGAGGUUUUAAAUUCAAGCAGCAGAGUCUAAAAGUGAUAAAAGACUGCUUAAAGAUGCUUUUCAUCAAACACACCUGAUCCACACAUUGUUUCAGAUAAGAUUUGCGAGCCCUAAAAUGUUUAUCAGAUACAGAACAGCAACAUUUUCUAAUACUUGUCAUAUUCUGUGGUUUGUGUAAAUUGUUUUAGGAUUGUAUUAGAAUUUGUGUAGUGUUUUUUAAGUCUUGUCAAAUCAGUUCUUGGAUAAAAACUAAAAGGUUACAAAAUGGAA